AUGAGGAAUUGGAGAGGCAGCGCAAGGCACGAGCUAAUUCGUGUCCAAGAGCAAAUCCGUCGAAAAGAUGAACUUUGUGCUCAAUUAGAGGCAAAGGCAACGGCUUCAGAAGACCAACACCACCAAGAGCUUACCGGCUUGUGUGGUAAGAUCAAUGCUCUUGAGAAUGAUUUGGAAGUAGUCAACGAGGAAGAAUGCAUUAGAGAAUGGCGAAGACUUCGACUACAUCUUGAUCAAUGGGUGAAAAGAAAUUUCAAAGACAUUGCAAAGCUAAGCCAGGUCGAUUACAGCGCUAUCCUCCAAUCGAUUGGUAUCACAGCGACGCAUACCAAAUCUCUUCUCGCAGGGAACUCACAUCAGCGCUGGGCGAUCAUUCAAGCCUGGAUAAUUAAGAUGCUAAAUGAUAGCAUCUUUCUUCAAUAUUGCCCCGGGUUGGCUGAAAAUGAAAAUGAGUUUCUAGUCAGCCUGGAUCGACUGAUAUUUCACCGAAGUACGGGUGUUCUUCUUUCCAGGAACAAGAGCUUCACUAAACGUUAUUUAGGCAGCUUUAACACAUGGAGACACUGCAAGUCGGGAAUUAAUACAGCUCUGGGUACUUUGACAGAGCCGUCACAAGGGAUGCUGGCAGAACAACUUGUGAACGAUGUUGAAAGCAUGCUGGGAGAAUAUGCAUCAACGACACCCAAGGUUCGACAGCAGCGACUGUACGAUCUCUUUAGUCAAUGUGUGGAUUUUAAAAUGAUGUGCAACCGGCAACCAGAAAUCUAUGAAUUUGUGUCAUCACCAUCUGGAAAUACUUUUGACACAACAUGUAUGAUUGUGGCUGGAGACAUCGAUUGUUGCGAGACAACAGUUGCUCUUUCUCUGUGGCAGUCUCUUUGGAAGGAGGGACAUUCCGGAAAUCUAUAUUGUCUAGAGCCGGAAUUGGUCUGGUCUAAUUUUCGCUGA